CUCGUGCGUGCGCGGGCUCCUCCUCCUCCAGAGAUGUCGCACGAGCUUCUCCUCUCUCCGCGGCCUUUCUCUUCAUUUCUUCUUUUCUUUUUUUCCCUCCUCCUUUAGCGCCUCACCAAGUCCUGUCCCUGCGUCCGCCCCGGCAGCCAGAGGAGCAGAGCCCCCCGUCCUCGCCACCACGGAGGUGUUUAAACCUGCGCCCGCCGCAUCCUCGCUCGCGCUCUCUCUCUCUCUCCCUUCUCUCCUCUCUCCCUCGCUCGCUCUCUCUCUCCUCCACCGCCGCAGAACUCCGCCGACCAACUGUCAGGUGACCGCGCGGAGCGGAAUAUUCAUCAGCGCCGUCGUCGUCUUUCAUCCCCGCAACACCUCCCGAGUCCAGGCCGCCGGAGCAGCAGUCGCCCCCGGUCCCCGCUGAGCCCUCUCCUCCGGUGUGGGACAUUCUCCGCUGCACGCAGAUUAACAGGGAUUGCGCCCCCCUCCUCCGCCUGCGCUCUGAUGCUGAUGUCCUUGAGCUCGGCCUGCACGGUCCCAGUGGCGCGGCAGUAGUUACCUCUGAACUGGAGCCGCUUCCUGCCUCUGAUUUAUCAGUCACCUUUGCCUGGCUUGCCCCUCUCUCCGUCCGUCCAUCAUCCCUUCAUCCUUGCCUAUCAACGCGUCAGCCUGUCCGCCCAUGGACUGGCCGUGAACCCGGAGGGAGGGGGACAGAACCAAGGGGAGAGCGGAGAAUCCAAGGAGACGAAGGAGAAGAAAGCUGGAUUCAUUCAGACGUCACAGUUCUGAAGUGCUCCUGCUCGCUGUCCUUCAUCCCCCUCACCCUCCUCCUCCUCUAUGGGAAAUUAACGGAGCAGUGGGAAGCUAGGCUGAGCUAGUGAGGUUAGACCCGUGAAUAAAGUAAAGAUUUAGCCUCAUUAAAAUUACAACAAUUGAAUAAAUAAAACAACACUUUGAGCACAUGAACAGCCUUUCACCAAGCCAGGGGACGCUGAGUUGAGGACAGACUACGGAGAGAUAGGAGGCCCGAAACAGAGAAGACCCUUUGGACAUGUCAACAACUGCAACCAUGGGUGAAAUGGCAAAUAGCGCAGUGGAAUUUUAUCCAAAAGGGACUCGAGGAGCGGGUGGAGGAGGAGGAAAGGCGGAUGGAAGCCAUGCAGGAGGAGAGUUUGGAGUGACUGUGAAAGAGCUCAGGGAGCUGAUGGAGCUCAGAGGAACCGAAGCGUUGCAGAAGAUCCAGGACAGCUACGGCGACACGGAGGGCCUCUGCCAGAGACUACAGUCCAGCACCACUGACGGUCUCGGCGGGGAUCCUGCUGAUUUAGAGCGUCGCUGCCAGGCAUUCGGCCAAAAUUUCAUCCCACCGAAGAAACCCAAGACUUUCCUUGAGCUGGUGUGGGAAGCACUGCAGGAUGUCACGCUUAUCAUCUUGGAGAUCGCCGCAAUCAUCUCUCUAGCACUUUCUUUCUACCAGCCUCCGGGAGAAGAGUCGGAAUCCUGUGGUAACGUGUCAGCUGGUGCUGAGGAUGAAGGUGAAGGAGAGGCCAACUGGAUCGAGGGUGCUGCCAUCCUGCUCUCUGUGGCGUGCGUUGUCCUGGUGACGGCGUUUAAUGACUGGUCCAAAGAAAAGCAGUUCCGGGGGCUUCAGAGUCGGAUUGAACAGGAGCAGAAGUUCACUGUGGUACGGAAAGGAAACGUGAUCCAGAUCCCGGUUGCUGACAUGGUGGUUGGCGACAUGGCCCAGGUCAAAUACGGGGACCUGCUGCCAGCUGACGGUAUCUUGGUCCAAGGCAACGACCUGAAGAUAGACGAGAGCUCUCUGACAGGAGAGUCUGACCAUGUCCGCAAGUCUGUUGAUAAAGACCCCAUGUUGCUCUCAGGUACCCAUGUGAUGGAGGGCUCAGGCAGGAUGCUGGUGACAGCAGUUGGUGUCAACUCACAAACGGGCAUCAUCUUCACUCUGCUGGGGGCUGGAGAGGCUGAGGAGGACGGCAAAGAAAAGAAAGACGACAGUACUCAGUUGCUCAUCUCUGCAGAUGCAAGUUACAGCACAGUCACCAAUGGAAAACAACCUGAUGGUGCUGUGGAGAACAACCAGAACAAAGCCAAGAAGCAGGAUGGGGGUGUUGCCAUGGAGAUGCAACCUCUGAAGAGUGCAGAGGGAGGUGAGGUGGAGGACAGAGAGAAGAAGAAGACCAAUAUACCCAAGAAGGAGAAGAGCGUGCUGCAAGGGAAGCUCACCAAACUUGCUGUGCAGAUUGGCAAAGCAGGUUUGGUGAUGUCGGCCAUCACUGUCAUCAUUCUGGUGUUGUACUUUGUCAUCGACACAUUUGUGGUGCAAGGUCACGCGUGGGUGACAGAGUGUACCCCCGUCUACAUCCAAUACUUUGUCAAAUUCUUCAUCAUUGGAGUCACUGUGUUGGUGGUUGCUGUCCCAGAAGGGUUGCCUCUGGCUGUCACCAUCUCUCUGGCCUACUCUGUCAAGAAAAUGAUGAAGGACAACAACCUUGUGCGCCACCUGGAUGCCUGUGAGACCAUGGGCAACGCCACAGCAAUCUGCUCUGACAAGACUGGCACCCUCACUACGAACCGGAUGACUGUGGUGCAAGCUUAUGUUGGUGAUGUGCACCAUCGUGUCAUCCCGGAUCCUGGUCAGAUCAACUCCCGGACACUGGACUUGUUAGUCAAUGCUAUCGCCAUCAACAGCGCCUACACCUCCAAGAUCCUGCCUCCUGAUGUGGAAGGGGGACUGGCCAAACAAGUGGGGAACAAAACCGAAUGUGGCCUGCUGGGGUUUGUGUUGGACCUGCAGCAGGAUUACGCCCCGGUCAGAGAGCAGAUUCCUGAGGAGAGACUGUACAAGGUCUACACCUUUAAUUCUGUGCGUAAAUCCAUGAGCACGGUCAUCAAACUGCCUGACGGCUCCUUCCGCCUCUACAGCAAAGGAGCAUCCGAGAUCAUGCUGAAGAAAUGUUCCUACAUCCUGGAUACCAACGGAGAGCCACGCAGCUUCCGCCCUCGAGACAGAGACGAGAUGGUCAAACAGGUGAUUGAGCCGAUGGCGUGCGAAGGCUUGAGAACCAUCUGCAUCGCAUUCCGCAACCUCCCCUGCAACCCGGAGCCUGACUGGGAUAAUGAGGCUGAGAUAGUGACGGAGCUGACCUGCAUCACUGUGGUUGGGAUCGAGGACCCCGUGCGGCCCGAGGUGCCUGACGCCAUCCGGAAGUGUCAGCGCGCUGGUAUCACUGUGCGGAUGGUCACUGGCGAUAACAUUAACACAGCCAGAGCUAUUGCUGCCAAAUGUGGCAUCAUCCACCCGGGAGAUGACUUUAUCUGUCUGGAAGGGAAGGACUUCAACAGAAGAAUCAGGAAUGAGAAGGGAGAGAUUGAACAGGAGCGUAUCGACAAGAUCUGGCCCAAGCUGCGCGUGCUGGCUCGCUCCUCACCCACAGACAAACACACACUUGUCAAAGGCAUCAUCGACAGCAGCAUUAUAGAACAGAGGCAGGUCGUCGCAGUAACAGGGGAUGGAACCAACGACGGGCCGGCUUUGAAGAAGGCUGACGUGGGCUUUGCAAUGGGUAUCGCGGGGACGGACGUGGCGAAAGAGGCGUCUGACAUCAUCCUGACUGACGACAACUUCAGCAGCAUCGUGAAGGCGGUGAUGUGGGGACGAAACGUCUACGACAGCAUCUCCAAGUUCCUGCAGUUCCAGCUGACAGUCAACGUGGUGGCAGUCAUCGUAGCCUUCACCGGCGCCUGCAUUACCCAGGACUCUCCUCUGAAGGCAGUCCAAAUGCUUUGGGUGAACCUGAUCAUGGACACGUUUGCAUCCUUGGCCUUGGCCACCGAGCCCCCCACUGAAGCCCUGUUACUACGGAAACCUUACGGCCGCAACAAUCCACUCAUCUCCCUCACAAUGAUGAAGAACAUCUUGGGCCACGGAGUCUACCAGCUGGUCAUCAUCUUCACCCUGCUCUUCAUCGGCGAGCGCAUGUUUAACAUCGACUGCGGCCGUAACGCGCCGCUCCAUUCCCCUCCGUCCGAGCACUACACCAUCAUCUUCAACACCUUCGUCCUCAUGCAGCUGUUCAAUGAGAUCAACGCACGCAAGAUCCAUGGCGAGAGGAACGUCUUCGAUGGCAUUUUCUCCAACCCCAUCUUCUGUUCCAUCGUCCUGGGCACUUUCGCUGUGCAGAUCGUGAUUGUGCAGUGGGGAGGAAAACCCUUCAGCUGCGCUCCACUCAACGUGGAGCAGUGGCUCUGGUGUCUCUUUGUGGGAGUAGGAGAGCUGCUCUGGGGUCAGGUGAUCGCCACUGUGCCAGCUGAGCGGCUGCCGUGCCUGAAGGAGGCAGGACUGGGUCUGGAGCCGGGAGAGGAGGAGGGGGAGGAGCUGGCAGAGGAUGAGGAGGAGAUUGACUGCGCUGAGAGGGAGCUGCGCCGGGGACAGAUCCUCUGGUUCAGAGGCCUCAACCGCAUCCAGACCCAGAUGGAGGUAGUGAGCACUUUCAAGCGAAGCGGUUCGUUUCAGGGAGCGGUGAGACGGCGCUCCUCCGUGCUCAGUCAGCUCCACGACAUGCGAGUGGUGAAAGCGUUCCGUAGUUCGCUGUACGAGGGCCGGGAGAAACCCGAAUCCCGCAACUCCAUCCACAACUUCAUGGCCCACCCGGAGUUCCUCAUCAACGACCUCAUCCACAACAUCCCGCUGAUCGAUGACACCGACGUGGACGAGGAGUCUGAGCUCAGCCGAUACCACCACCACCACCACCACCUGCACCCGGCCCUCCGCAAGCCCCCGCCGCCCCCCUCGCACCCGCAGCCCCCGCCUCGCACCCGCCCUGUCCGCCCCUACCGUCAGCAAAGCCUUCCGGUGACUCCGUGCAACCGCAACAAUAACAACAGCAACAGUCCAGCGGCUCCCCACGGCUACAAACAGUGCACCCACAUCUCCAGCCCCAUCCUCCAGCAGCAGCUCCACCCGGGCAGGGACAGGUCUGAGAAGGCCCUCAGCUCACGCAUCGCUCGCCUCUACUGCGUGGAGACCACGUUAUGACUUGCAUAGCGGCGAGCGAGGGGAAGAGUAGAGGGGAUGGGGGGGGGGCGAACGUUGCCAUCUGUUAGCUGGCGGGAUGGAGCCAAGAUGAGGGAGCUAGUGGAGGACGUGGACAAUGACCUGGAUACUCCGAGAAACAUUGCAACCUCCACUGUUUUCGCUCCAUCCAGCCGCCUCCCAUUUCCUCUGGCUCCUCCAGGAACGUGCCACUUCACAUCCAUCACGCUGCUCUGCCUCCUCAUGAGCAAGACAAACAUACCUCAGAAACCUGUGCAGAGCUGAGGUGUGUCUUCGGAAGGAGGCGUGGCCGGCGGGGAGGGAGGGGCGGCGAUGUCUUUCUCCCGGUGUCCAUCCUCCGCCUGCGUGCCGCUCAGCCAUUAAACCGCCGUCAUCGAUGUGGCUUGCUUCUCACUCUGCUAAAGCUUUAACUGCCAUCUCUGUCCAGCCGGGUUCACCCCGGGUCAUCUGUCAUCGACGAAACCAACGAUCCCGGUUGGUUUGCUCGGGACGAGGAGGGGUGCGUCUAUAGACCUGAAGCACGCCAUCGCCGCUCACCUCGUCGGUCCAAAUGUCGCCUGUGACGUCUUCUCCCGUGCGGCUCCGCCCCUCGCUGUCUUUUUCUGUUUGUUUUGGGUGAAAAAAAAUAGGUGAAUGCUCGUGAAGAAUUAACCCUUUAAACGCCAUCAAACUCUGGAUGCACAGGCGAUGGCCCUUUAACUCGCUCCAGCUCACGUGCCAUCAUCAGGUCGUGUCCGUCUUGUACCAGACAGACUGGAUCAGGUGCAUCCAGGCGCGCUCGCCAGUCACUGUUGAGUUCAGGUGUAUCAGGUACAAACCGGCGCGGCGGCGCCCGCCGUCUCGAUGUGCGGUCGCUCUUCUGCUGAGCGCUGCGUCGCCGCCGGCUGCUCGGACGCUGAAGCUAAAUAGCUAUCGGAAACGAUCCUAAAGAAUUCUUGGCAAUAAAGCAACAGCCCUUAUUUGUUUGCUCGUGGCAACAUUGCGACGGGUGACGUGGCGUCACCGUAACAUUCCAUCCGACAUAACAUUCCAAAGAGCCACAUCGUGUCCUCCUCAUGUUGCACGAGGUGCGGCUGAGUUGCCUCGGAGGGCGACUGCAAUGCAAUGCACACUGGAAGACCCCGUCUCACCGAGACCCCCCACCCCUCCCCUGGCCCCACCACCAGAGAGAGCCCCGCCCCCCAGAUCAGUCACACAUGCACACACAGGAGAAGACUUCCUGCUGCGCCAGGCUCUCUGGGACCCCGCCCCCUUAUCUGUACAGAACUCUGUCUUCUUGAAUGCUCAUCCUCAUCGCCGCCACCUGAUCUGUGUGCAGGCGGGUGGUGACAUUGUAUUGGUCUGUCUGUUUUGAAGCAUGCAUUUGGUAUCAUUAAUGUCACUCUCUAUGUGUUGGUAACUCAUUUAGGCUCCUGUCACUGCUGUGUGCUCUGACUCUCCACGUCUGCUCUUCCUGUCUCGCUCUCUCUCACGCACGCACGCACGCGCGCGCAGACGCGUCCAAAACUCAGUCAGUGCUUUCUACGACUCGGCGCGGAGACAGUGGUGUAAAUUUGACGGCCCGGUUCUGCCAUCUCUGUCCAUCCGACCCGCCACGUGACACCAUGGCACACGAAUCCAACUGCACCACAAAUGUACAGACCGCCCCCAAACGUGCACACGUGCAUCUUUGAUUUACAGGUACUAUGUUCCUGUUACACUUUCUUUUUGAUCCAAUGGCUUUUUGUAAAGAAGAACGGAAUCCGAGCGCUUGUACAUUAUAUGACGAUUCUCCAUUCCCUCCACCGGUGCUCCCACUGAUGGAUCAGACAGUUGCACCUUCUCCUGAGCAUAUUCCGAGGGCUGCGUUUUCUGUCCGGGGAGCGGCCGCCGCCGCGUGCGGAGGUGCGGAGACGCUGUGUACAUAGACUAGAGGAGACACACGUGUACCUCACUGGGGUCGGAACUGCUGGACACUGACGCGGGGAGAGGCGCAAAGCUGGAUGUAGAGCUCGAGUCUGCGGAAGUGCGGCGCUCCACGCCGUUUAGGCUGCUCUCUGAGAUCUGCCGAGCGUUUUACUGCCAGAGGAAGGUUUUGCAUUAUUCAUUAUAUAUAUAUACAUAUAUAUAUAUAAUUGUAAAUACUGCGUGUGGAAUGCCCCUCCCCCUUCUCGCACAACACAACGCUGUUCUGCAGACAGAAAAUGCAGCCUAAACUGUGCUGACAUGAAACAAAAAACACAAAAAAAAACAAAGACUAUUGAAUAUAUUAAAGAGUUACCUGCCUGUUAUUUAAGCGAAUAAAUAUCUAUAUAUGAGGAAGAACACACCUGUAUACUGUAGACUAAAUCUGUAUGGAAAUCUAAGAGAAUUUAAUGGGAAAUAAGUCCAACACCUUUUGUCUGUAUGAAAGAAAAAAUACAUCAAAGUAUUCUACAAUAAUAACUUUGACAAAGUC